AUGGCCAGAGAGAUACUAACCAAAGUGAUCUCCCUCACUUCCAUUAUGGAUGAUAUCUAUGAUAUCUAUGGCACAUUGGAAGAACUUGCACUCCUCAAUGAAGCAAUCCAAAAGUGGGAUGUUGAUGCCAUGGAUGGAUUACCAGAGUAUAUGCAAGCUUAUUUCAAGGAGUUUCUCCAGCUCUAUGAAUAUAUUAGGAAUCAAUUGGUUGCAAAAGGAAGAUCGUACCGCCUUAUCUACGCAAAAGAAGUCGAAGCCAAAUGGUUCCACACCAACUACAUACCAACACUAGAAGAGUACAUGUCGCUUCAACUAAUAACGACUGGCUAUGGAUUGUUAGCAACUACAUCACUUGUAGGAAUGGAUGAUGUGGUCACAGAACAUGUUCUUAAAUGGUCGGUCGGUGAUUACAAGAUUGUGAAGGCUGCACAAACCAUCUGUAGGCUCAUGGAUGAUGUUUCCUCUCACGAGGAAGCUAGGGAGGAACUCCUAAAAAGAGUCAUUGAUGCAUGGAAGGACAUCAAUGAAGAGUUUCUUCAUCCAACCAUAGUCCCAAUGUCAGUUCUCAUGCGAAUACUCAAUUUCUCGCGGGUGGUAGAUGUGUUAUAUAGCGAUGGAGAUAAUUACACCCAUUCUAAAACUAAGCUCAAAAAUUAUGUGACAUCGCUCUUCGCCAAUCCCUUGCCAAUGUAA